AUGUUUCCCCUCUUCUCCCUUCCCAACGAAUUGAUUGCCACUAUCGUCGAGGCCCUCGACGACCGCCCCGCCCUCGUUGCCCUCGCCCAAACAUGCCAGAAGCUACAUCCCCUCGCCGAAGCUCGCGUGUUCAGGAACAUUUACAUCCGGGAUGGCACAUCCGUUGCACGCCUGGCUGAGAUUUUGGACCAGCGUCCCGAGCGAUUCCGGAUGAUCAAGCAUCUGGAGGCUACACCAACAGUGCAUGCGUGGCGGCGUAUUGAGCAGAUGCCAGAAUUGGCAGGGCGUAUGGCAAGAUUGAAGAGCUUGAAGAUCGAAGCUCCGAUGAUCAACAGUGGAGCGAGACCGCAAUGGUGGUCUGAGGGGAGUAUGGGGGAGUACAUGGAUCUUUUUGAGGGGAGAAAUCAGGGCUUACAGAACGAAGCUCGAUCUCAAGGGUCGGACUUCCUCAGAGCCAUUCAGCAACAAAGCAAUUCUUUGGAAUAUCUUCGUUUUACCCAUCAUCCGGAAGCCACUGUAGAUCCUGGUUCGCCCGAACAUCUCAAUACCAGUCUUGUAUCCUCUUUGGCUACGCUUCGUUUAUCCUCAACCGGCCUGUCAACCUUCGAUCGUCUUCGUACAUUUGAUGUAGACUACAGAUCCAAUCUGGCCGAACUAUUAUUCGUCAAGGAGCUUGCGCCACCGAGUCUGCAUACCCUGGGUCUUCCCGGCCUCAAUUACGAGUACGAAAGUUCAUGGCGGCACUUACCUUCCUACAUAUCCGCGAUGGCAUCUGCGACUCCCUUCUCACACCUUAGGCUGCACACCGAUCCCAACCGUCUAGAUUUCGAUGACGUGUUCAAGAUCUUCACGAGUCCUGUGUUCACCCAUACGCCACAUCGGGAGGUGCUCCUCGGAAUCGUUGAGAUUCUUAAGAAAAGGGCCAGCGUGAAGCUGAUUUGUGCGUCUUCUCGUGCCAUUGGUUGUCACCCUCCGUAUUUGUACGGAGAGAAGAUGCCUGAGGAGGCUGUGGUAUUUGAUAGUGAGAAGCCCUACUACCAGGAAGAAGAAGUGGACCAGCGAUUUGAGAUCGAGGAUUACAUUCCGGAAGAUGCAUCGGGGUGGGAUGGUCCCUUCUCAGGACUCGGUACAAGACCAUGGCGGUUGGCGAGGCGAACGUGA